AUGGUGAAGGCUUGCCUCCCACGAAUAGUACUGCUAUGUGUUCUGGCCUCACUUAUGUUGGCGGCAGUCGCGGCGGGUGAAGGAAGUGGGCGAAGAGCAAGAUGGGUGAACAACGGAGGAGACCACAGGUCACCGGCGGAACCUCAAAGGAGGAGGAGGAGGGGGGCAGGCCAUGAUAUGGCCGAGGACUUAUUGGGCAAGAGGGUGUUGCCGCCGACGGCAUCAACAGAUGACAACAAGCCGGCCCGCCUUGAAGACCGUGUCGUGUUAUCGGUGCCGACACCAGCGGCUCUCUUCGGGCGACAAGCAAUCGGCAACCCCAUUGACGCCAUCAACUCGGCAUCUCGAUCAGCACAGCAGGCCAUUGCUUCGGCAUCCCAGUCUGCUCGAGAAGCUAUCCAACAAGCAAAUGACCAAGUGAGACAGGCCGGAGAUCGACAGCGGCAGGCGGAGGAGCAGGCGAGGCAGGCCAACGAUGCGGCCACCCGGGCCUCGAUAUCGGCCAACAAUGCCGUCGUCCAGGCACAGGCAAGCGCUAAGGAGGGAAUACUCAACGCCCAGAACGCGGCUAAGGAGAGUGCGAGCAAGCAGGUUGCGGACAACUUUGCCAUGGUUACGGCGAGUGCGCAGACGCAGCUGGCUUCUCAGGUUGCGAGCAUACAAGCCAGUGCCAGCGCAAGUGCUGCGCAAGCCAUUGCUGUUGCGACACAAUCCGCUAGUGCGGCUAUAUCGAAUGCUCAGCAGCAGGCACAGCAGCAAAUUCAAGCUGCGAGGGUACGUGGUUCUUUCGUGGUCACGCCGUGGUCACUCCGUGGUUGUGUGUCAUUCAAGACUUCUAACCUUUCAACACAGGACGAUGCAAAUUUACGUGUAUCACAAGCACAAGGGGCCGCAGUUUCAGUUACCCAGGCGGCUCUCGCCGUCGUGGGGGCCAUCAUUGGCUCAUCUCUUCUCACCAUACUGGGCUUCUACAUCUUUACUCGUUACCGGCGUAACAAGCGCAAGGACCAGACGGCGCGGGAGCUCCGUCGUGAAAUCAGCUACCCGAAGCAGAAUACUCUGAUGACGACAAACGCGCUGGCUAUAAACAAUGGCUACCCGCAAGAUGUCAAGCGUCCAAUAUCACCGACCCGUCCAGAAACAGCACGUACGACGGGGUCAUCUGGAGGCAUGGGCUACGCAGUCAGUGAUUUCGGCGAUGGGCAGCCCAACUUUUCUCGACAGACGACUUUUGUGAGCAGUACCGCGCCGCAGAUGGGCAUGGGUACGAUACAGAGGGAACAGUCGGUGUCGAGAAGGCCGGUGCCGCCUUCGCCCAAGAAGCCGCCCUAUUCUCUAUUCCCGCCAAGGUCUAGGGAUGGCACGCCGGCGACGUCGUUGCCUGCCACCCCGGCCCCUGCGCGAGAUCGAGAAAAGGAGGCUCCCCCUCCUCUCACGAUUAAUCCAGGCACAGGCCCACCACCUGCAUCAGUACAAGCACAGGCACAGGGUCCGGCAAACAAUGAAAAGCUGGAUAGGGUGGACGAGGAAAGCGAUGAGUUUGGCGAGGGGACAAAGAACUGGUUGAGACGGACGCAGACCGUGAGUCCGUUUGGGGACCUGGCAGAUACCCCGACAAGGGAGAAGGAUCCGAAUUGGCCAUUUGCGAGGUCUAAUUCGCCGCCUCCGCCAACAAGAUGA